AUGUAAGAAAAUUAAGACAACGCUGCCAACAACCCUUAGUAGAAUGGCGAAAAAGAUAAAAAAAACAAGCAAAGGGAUUUGAAAAAACUAUAAAGGAAGAUUGAUAUCAUCAAAGAAGGAGAAAUUAAAGCAAAAUAGAAAUAUUUUUAGGAAAGUAAGAUAGACUACGACUAAUUUUAUGAAACAUAAUAUUAAAAUUUUAGAAAUCCUUCUUUAAAUGGGUGGAGAGUGACAGUGAAAUAGGCAAUAAAUGAAAUAGAUGAAAAAAUGAAUACAGAUAAAUAUUUUAUACAAUUUUUGACUUCUAUUGGGAGAGUUUAUAUAUAGAGAUUAGUAGAAGAUGCAAUAGAAAUCAAAGAAUCAGGGGAGUCAGAUGAGAGAGUGCAUCUCACUGAAGAUCAUAUAAGGGAGGCUUAUAGAAAAUAAAAAAAUCAUUCUAGGGAUAUUGAUUAAUAGUAGCAUUUAAAAAAAAUAUUUGAUUGA